AUGGCACCUUUGUGUUUCAUCGGCUUGGAGACCAUUACUCUUCUGCUUGCUUUGAAGGUUGAGUAUAACGUACAUUUAGUUCGGGGGAAUCAUGAGGCUGCAGAUAUCAAUGCACUUUUUGGCUUCCGGAUCGAGUGUAUUGAGCGCAUGGGUGAGAGAUGGAAUAUGGGAUUCAUCGCUUUACCAAUUACAUUUUACUGUCGAUUCUACCCUACGUCUGACCCAACAGAGAAUGAUAGCGUGGAAGGGUUGCGACCAAAUACUAGAGGUCCGGGGUUGGUUACUUUUGGGCCUGAUCGUGUCAUGGAAUUCUGCAACAACAAUGACCCUCAGUUGAUUGUUCGAGCUCAUGAGUGCACUGCUAACAAUGCUGGUGCAAUCCUAGUUUGGGUCCGACGCCUACUAGAGGUCGUCCUCAAGUAA